GGGGCUUUCAAGAUGGCGUCAGGAAGCCACAUGCAUAAUCUCACAACCCUCAUCAAGCGGCUGGAAGCCGCGACUUCCCGCCUGGAAGACAUGGCGAUGUCGCUGGACGACCCCAACUCGCCCAAGACCAUCGGUGCUAUCGCUGCGCCUGAGACGGCCACUCCUGAGACUCCAAAGGCGGCUCCUCCAGCUACCCCCGCGGCUCCUCCCGUGCCGCCACAGAUCCAGGACUUCGACACACUGAUCAACGAAGACGUGCGGACUUUCGUGGAAUUGGGACAGAAGAUUAAUGGAUUGGUCGGCGAGCAGUCGAGAGCCGUUCAGCAGGCCUUCGAAGCCGAGCGCACCUACCUCUACGUCUCGACUAAAGCCAAGAAGCCCGACCAGCAGCCCCCGGAGCUCAUGACGGAGCUUCACAAUGCUUCGGACAGCAUCAAUAACAUCCGCGAGUCUAACCGGGCCUCGCAUUUGUUCAACCACCUGAGCGCAGUAGCGGAGGGCAUUGUUGCUCUUGGCUGGUUCUUCGCCAGCAAGCCUGCUGAUUUCGUCACUGAAAUUGUUGGCGGCAUCGAAUACUAUGGCAACAAAGUACUGAAGGACUACAAGGAGAAAGACCGCACUCAUGUCCAAUACAUCCAAGCCUACUACCAGAUCUUCAAAUCCCUCGCCGCCUACCUCAAGAAACACUACCCCAAAGGUCUGACCUGGAACGACCAGGACGGCAUCGACGCCCAAGAGGCCCUGCGCCAGGUCAAGAGCGGCAGCAGCUCGGCCUCAUCCCCUAGCGAAAAUAGAACCGCGCCCCCUCCCCCUCCCCCUCCCCCUGUACCUACUAUCAACGUCUCUGGCGGUAAUGGCGGCGCUCCCCCGCCUCCGCCUCCGCCCCCCGGCGUCCCCCCACCUCCCUCCAGCGCCCCCGGCUCUAGCCCCGACAUGUCCGCCGUCUUCGACCAAUUGAACCGCGGCGACGCCGUGACCUCCGGCCUCCGCAAGGUCGACAAGUCCGAGAUGACGCACAAGAACCCCAGCCUGCGGACCAGCUCCGUGGUGCCUGAGCGGCCCAGCUCGCAAGGCAGCUCCGUCUCCUCGCCCACGUCGCGGGCCCGGUCCCCUGCGCCGCCCAGCACCAAGCCCAAGCCCGAGAGUAUGCGCUCGCGCAAGCCGCCGCGCAAGGACUUGGAGGGCAACAAGUGGCUCGUCGAGCACUUCGACAACCCGGGCGGCAUCGUCGAGAUCAACGCCCAGCAGAACCAGUCGAUCCUGAUCUCGCGCUGCAACAAGACCAUCAUCAAGGUCAGCAACAAGGCCAACGCCAUCUCCAUCGACAACUGCACCGGCCUGUCCAUCAUCGUCGACUCCCUCGUCAGCAGCCUCGACGUCAUCAAGUCCGCCAAGUUCGCUCUGCAGAUCGACGGCGUCGUCCCCACCCUGCUCCUCGACCAGGUCGACGGCGCCACCGUCUACCUCGGCCAGCAGAGCCUGGCCACCGAGGUCUUCUCCAGCAAGUCCACCGCCAUCAACGUCAUGCUGCCCCCCAAGGAGGGCACCGACGACGACACCAAGGAGUGCCCGCUUCCCGAGCAGAUCAAGUCCUACGUCAAGGAUGGAGUCCUGGUCAGCGAGAUCGUCGAGCACGCGGGUUAGAAGUCCCGACUUUCCGCUUACAAACUCGAAUCGUUUCCUUCGCGGGUGUGACGACUAAUCCUCCUCCGCGACGCUCAGGUUCGAUUUGGUAGAUGUGACACAGGGGAGAGAAAAGAAGAUCCCUUUUCUCCCCUCCAUUGCCAUAUAUUGUAGAUAGAUCUGUUUCUAUUUAAAUCCAAUUUUUUUGGUGUUGAAUAUGCUUUCCACACUGUGUGCUUUGCAGACCUUUGUUUCCUGGAAUCAUCACAGGUAGAAAGACUACUUCCAUGAUACGCUGCCAGAAGAA